CGAGACGCGCCGCUGGGGACGCGCGUUGCCGGGAGCCGCCAUGGGGGGAGGCGACCUGAACCUGAAGAAGAGCUGGCAUCCGCAGACCCUGCGCAAUGUGGAGAAGGUGUGGAAGGCUGAGCAGAAACAUGAGGCUGAGAGGAAGAAGAUCGAGGAACUGCAGCGGGAGCUGCAGGAGGAAAGAGCACGGGAGGAGAUGCAGCGAUAUGCUGAGGAUAUGGGCACUGUCAGGAAAAGAGAAGAGAAGUUGGAGUGGAUGUACCAGGGUCCUGGAGGCAUGGUGAACAGAGAUGAAUAUCUUAUGGGUCGCCCUGUGGAUAAAUACGUGUUUGAGAAGGCAGAAGACAAGGAUGCAGGCUGUUCCAACGAGACAGGACUUCUCCCAGGCUCCAUUUUUGCCAAGUCGGGUGCCAAUUCUGUCCUGGAUAUGGCCAACAAAAUCCGUGAGGAUCCCCUUUUCAUGAUAAGAAAGAGAGAGGAGGAAAAGAAGAGAGAAGUUUUGAAUAAUCCUGUUAAAAUGAAGAAAAUCAAGGAAUUGCUCCAAAACAGUUUAGAAAAAAAAGAGAAGAAGAAGAAGAAAGAGAAGAAGAAGAAGCACAAGAAGCACCGACGUCGCAGUUCUAGCAGUGGAAGUGACAGCAGUGACGAGGAGCGAAGCAAAGCCAAGUCUCAGAAAAAGGUGAGCAGUUCCUCCUGGAAGCACGCUCCUUACAAAGUCCCAGGAUAUGGCUUACAAGUUAGAGACUCUGAGCAGAGACACAGGUCCAGGAGCUCUCCAGGCCAGGAGAGGCCCCUCACCAAGCACCGGGAUCGCUCCCGGUCCAGGAGCCAGUCCCACUCUCCUCAGAGACGCUCCAGCAAGAAGAACUCAGAACAGUCUGGACACAGGGGAUCAAGAUCUCCUUCUAGACACAGUAGACAACAUAGCAAUCGGGAGGAGAAAGGGAGACCUAGAAGCCCUUCUCCCAAAAAGAGCUACCGAAGGCAGCACAACCCAGGUUACACAAGAAAGAUCUCUCCAGAGGAACUGGAGCGUAAACGGCAGGAGAUGAUGGAAAAUGCCAAGUGGCGGGAGGAGGAGAGAGCAAACAACCUCAGGAAGCACCGAAAGGAGGAGGAGCUGGAGCAGGAGCUGGAGAAACUCGAUUCCCGAGAUGGGAAGUUUUUCCAGCGCUUGAAACUGGAGAGUGCAUCUACUUCCACUCUGGAAGAUCGGGUGAAACGCAACAUCCACUCUCUUCAGAGGACUCCUGCUGCCUUGGAAAAAAACUUUAUGCAGAGAUGAAGCUCAUUCUUCCUCUGCCUCCUGUGCUGAAGUUAAAUGGACACUUAUUCCCAAGGGUGAGAGACCUUCAGCACAGCCUUGCUGCUCUGUGCAGGAGCAGUUCCCAUCUCGCACAGCCCCCAGCGUCUUCUGGACUUCUGGCACUGUGAAUACCUUUGUAAUGAGUAUGACCUUGCAAGCAAACCUUUGCUGCAGAACUCGUGAGCCUUUGUAUUCUAUUUUUAACCUAUUGCCAAACCUUUCCCUUCUCUCUCCACCUUGACUGGUAUCAGUUUUGUAUAUUGUUAUCACCAAAUUAUGCCAAGUGGCAACUGCUUUCUACCCUGGGUAGAUUAGAUUGUCCUUGCUCUUCAUAUGACAGAGCAAAAGAGUUCUUUUUGUGUUAAUCCUUAAAAAAGGGAGUAGAAAAAAAUCACGUGGACUAGAUGAUCGUUCGAGGUCCCUUCCAACACUUAAGAUUCUGUGAUUCUGUGAGUCUGUUUUCAUGGAAUUUGAUAAAGAUACAGGAGUAAUGGGGAAUUUGAGGUGUGAGGUUGGAGAGUGGUGUCAGACGAGCCCGUGUGACCCAAAGGCAGCUGCGUGGAAGGGGAAGGACAUGAGCAGAGCUGGCACAGCACAUGUUUCUCUGGGGAUUUUGUAAUGUAAGCAAUGUGUAUAUGUACAGCCGUGUAGAUGUUUUUUAAAUAAGGAAACUUCA